UCUAAAGUUGCAGAACUUUCAGCCAAAAAGUAAGCUAGCUCGGUAAUGCGACGAUCUACCAUCCCAGGCUUUUACUUGUUCCUGAUACUAUGUUGUACAUCUGGCAAAUAUUUCUCUGGAAACAUCAACAAUGGACAAAGUUGGGUGUUCGUCUCUGAAUUUGCCUUCAUUGAUAAUCAAGGAAAGCUGGAAUACAAAGUGGAAUAUUCUGUCACAGGAGAAUGCUGUCCCCCUGCUCUUCAUCCUGGUGUUGUCACAUCAGACAUUGGGCGAAACUGGAAGACUUUGAAGAAACCAUAUAUCAGACCAUUUGUGAUGCUGGUGAUGUUUCUGUUCUUCAAAGACUGCAAGCAAGGAGCACAGACUACCAUCUACUGUUCAGUGGCAGAAGAGCUGGAAGGUGUCUCAGGCCUUUACUACAGUGAUUGCAAAGUCAAGGAAGGCAAUAAACUGGCAAAAGAUCCUGGUUUGGCAAAGAAGCUGUGGGAUGCAAGGGACCCAUUGAUUGGCCAAAGUAUUGCUACAAAGCUGGUAGCUUACACAGCAGUAACAGUUUGUCUGGUAGCGCUCAUUAAGUGGCAUUUUGGUGGAGGAGUGUGCAAAAGCAAGGCAAGAUUAGAUGCGACAAACUAUUCAACACAAUGCCUCCAAAGUAUUUACAGAAAUCUUCGGAAAUGUUCGGGCGUUCUUCACGUUUAUUCAACCGACCAAUGGUGGUUCUUUGUACUAAGUCACUGUAAUAGUUCCCAGGGAUUGGACGUCUCUUAUGAAUUUACAUUUACAAACGGUGACUCCUGGGAGAAACAUUUAUCCGGUGAAGAAACUCACGGCGUUGAGGCUCUAGCAGUGUCAUUUGGAGCCACACUUGUCCUAUUUUUGAUUGGUUUACUUUUUGCACGAAAGCUUCUUCAACUUGAAAAUAAACUACAGAAGGCCUUCAAAGUUUUCAUGGCUUCUUUAAGUUGUGAGGUAAUCGUUCAGCUGUUCACGUGUAUCUACUACAUACCGUACAUUCGAAGUGGAAUACAAAUUCCCUAUUUAAAAAAUGUUGCGGAGUUUCUCCAUCUUACGAGUGAAGUCCUCUUUAUUCUGCUUCUAGUUUGGUUAGCACAUGGGUGGACGAUGACAAAAGUUCGCAUCAGCAAAGACCUUUAUAUGUUUUGCUCGCUGCUCGCUUUUACCUACGGAGGUCUGUUCGCGUACAAACAGGCGUCCGUGGACCUUCUGUUUUUCCAUUUUGUUCUUGAAAGUCUUGCGGAUAAAGGGCUUCAAUUUCUACGGAUAAUCGCCUGGGUUUGUUUUGUUUUUGGGAUAUAUUUGUCCAUCCGAAAUCAUUCCGAUAAGAAAAAGUUCUACAGUCAUUUUGGAGCUUACUACUCUGUAUGGUUUUUACUAGAACCAUUAUCUACCAUUGUCUUCUCGUUCUUUCUCAGCGGGCCAAGUUCAGUAAAAAUAAUGCGAUUAUUUCGUAUUUCCUGGCUUAAUUUGCUGGGGUUUGGUGGCAUUUUGCGUCUUAUGAUGCCAAGUAUGGUUGAUGUUGUCUUCCCUUAUCGCGCCCCUGUUAACGAAGUUGCUACUGUACAGGUUUAAGAUUGGAACAAUUUUCAGUGAACAGAGCACUUUAUCUUUGCCGAGCUAAACAAAGAGGACGAUAAUUCUGUUGCGGAACACACAAUCUUGUAAAGUAAAUGACUAAAUCUUGCUGUAUUACCUCAAGAUACAUUUGAAAUUAUGCAGCAAAGUGGGAAUACUUCAACAGAAAACUUUCCUUAGAGCAAUUUUCACGGUAAUUUUUCUUUGAAUAAUUUUACUCCAACUAAAAUAUCC